AUGUCGAUUGCGGCGACUCUGGCUGCACACAGGAACAAGACCGAGAAAACGCCCAAAAAACAGCCACCGCCCACGCGAGCAGGACUCUCGACAGAUUCAAGUUCUCAUUCAAUUGUAGCACCGUCCCCCUCUACCUCCACCACUACCUCUACCUCUCUUGUCGCACCGCCUAGACCACCGUCGAUCGCACAAUCACACAGCGUCAGCAACAAUUUUCCGCAAACGCCUACGACGGGACGGACGAAACCCUCGAUAGCGUCUCAAUCCACAUCAACGGCGUCCCUCCCAAUCUACGAGGACACAGUUGUGUCAGACGCCACAGGAUCACAGAUCAAUGCUUGCGUCUACAACAGUAGCGGGGAAUAUAUCCUCGCAGGUGGAGUAGAUCGGACGGUUCGGCUGUGGAAUCCAGAGACACGGUUCUGUAUCAAGACGUAUGAGGCGCAUGGGUGGGAGGUAUUGGAUCUGGCUGUCUCGCCCGAGAACGGCAAGUUUGCAAGUUGUGGAGGCGAUAAGUCCGUGUUCCUGUGGGAUGUGCUCACCGGGAUGACGAUACGGAGGUUUAGCGGACAUACUCAGAGAGUCAAUGCAGUAGAUUUCAAUGAAGAAGGGACGGUGCUGGCGUCAGGGUCUUAUGAUACGACAAUACGACUGUGGGAUUGCAGGUCGCAGUUGAGAGCACCGAUCCAGGUAUUGGAGGAACCAAAGGACAGUGUGACAUCGAUUCACAUCCAAGGAAGCGAUCUGCUGGCAGGUUGUGUGGAUGGAUCUAUAAGGAUAUACGAUAUUAGGAUGGGAUCGUUGAUCGCGGACCAAAUUUUCGAACCCAUCACGUCGGUUACUUUUUCAAAGGAUGGCAAUUGUGUACUGGCGAGUUCUUUGGACGACACUGUGCGGCUCAUGGAUCGUGCAAAUGGCGGAAUGUUGAACGCGUACAAGGGUCACAAGAACAGUCAGUACAAGAUCCGGUCAUGCCUUUCCAAUUCGGACGCGCAUGUUAUCAGUGGAUCAGAGGAUGGAAAGAUCUAUAUCUGGGAUCUCAUGGAGGGCGAAGUUGUCCACCAGCUCGAAGGGCAUUCCAAGAUUGUGUCGUCCAUUGCCUACCACCCGACAGAAGACAGGAUGUGUUCUGCAAGUGUUGAUGGGUCUAUCAAAACCUGGACUUCGCGGCAGCCCAACCCAACAUGA